AAUCUCAUUUUUAAGACACAAGGCACACGAAUGGAGUCUACAGCUCCGUUUUGUACAGUAUCUUUCGAUUCUGUACUUGCUUAAUUCGACCAAAUGUACCAAAUGCCGGAACCUAAUUUUUGCAUUGAUCGCGGACUAGGAAUGUUGACUUUGAAACAUUACGAACAUGGCGUCGAUAGCGAUUCAUCCACAUGUGGUGAGAGUGGGUAUUCAAAUUCAGAACUUAGUUCAGACGACAGUUCGCCACCAUAUAUUGUGGACAAGACUGUAAAUACAACCAGUUUUCCAGGAGAAAUCAAGCCGUUGAUCAAUCAGGAUAGCUUUUCCGAAUCGAAAGCAGAGAAAGUGCUCGGCAAUGGAGCAGAUCGUGAAGAAGACUGGCACGAGAAGACUGCUUGCAGAUAUAGACGAGGUAAACGAGGUAAGGGAACAAUUUCAAAGCGCAACGAACGUGAAAGAAAACGCGUUCGUCUGAUUAGUGAUGGAUUCUACGAGUUGCGCAAGCAUCUGAUGAUCGAACCAUGCAACAGGAAGUUGCCUAAGUUACAGAUACUAAGGAAAGCGAUCUGGUAUAUUAAGAAUUUACAAGAUAUGAUCAAAGAGAGCGAUUUGCAGAAUGCCGCUAAAGUUGGGCAAAGUUAUGCUAUGUGUUCUCCUAAACUAUCUCGUGCACAGGUGCCUUUCGUAUACAACUCACAUCAACGGCAAAAUAUUCCAUCAACAUGCAUGAACACAUCGACAUUUCCAAGACAGAACGUCCACCAGAUGGAACCACAAGUCGAAAAUCCUUGGUUACAAGGCUAUCAAUUCUAAGAUGUAUACAAGUAACAGUAGAGUAAUUCCCAUGUAAUCAUCUAAAAGUAGCUGAUAUUUUGGCAGUAUAUUAUAAAUAUAAUCUUGUAAGUCUGUACGUAAGUCAGUACAGUAAGUUAGUACAGUUAACUAAUAUUUAGGAUAUGAUGAUAUGGUAAUAUUUGGAAAAACGAAGUUGAAAUUUGAUUUAACAAAUCAGUGAAAUCACAAUGAACAUUCGAAACAGUUUUCAGUACCGUGAACUAGUUUCUAGUGUCAAACUUGUAAAAUACACCUAUUAUACAGCACUUUUUAAAGUUUUUUAGAUAGAUUUAUUCACCUAUAUUAAUCAUAUAACUUCAAGAAGAAGAACACAAAGCACACAUAUAUGCGGUGCAGUAUU